AUGGAACUAUUCCCUACAACUUCUCGACAAAAACGUUUUCUUUUAGUGAUCGUCGACUACUUCACACGGUGGGUAGAAUUAUUUGCGUUAAGACAAGCUACGGCUACCCAUAUCGCUAACAUACUCUUCAACGAGAUAAUCUGUCGGUACGGUGUCCCACUCUAUAUUUUAUCUGACAAUGGUCCCCAAUUUAUUUCCCAUCUAUUUAAUGAGAUAUGCGCGAAUAUGGAUAUUAACCGUAAAUUCACGGCCAAUUAUCAGCCACAAACCAAUAUGUCCGAACAUGUCAACCGGACACUUAAAGCACAAAUCGAUAUCUAUGCUCAACGUCGCCCCGGUCUAUGGGACAAAGAACUGCAGAAACUGGCCUUCACAAUUCGCACGCCUGCCAAGGACACUACGAGUGAUACAUCCCCAUAUCUCAAUCUAGGCUGCGAUCCCGUAAUACCAUUGGACCUCAUCAUCAACCAACCAGUUCCUGAUUUUCCUUCUAAUACGCCUGAAUACAAGUUCAUUCAACAAUACCGAACUCAAUUAGCACAUGAUCGGCAAGUAACAUAUUAUUUCGUUCGUGAGCACUGA